AUGCUUCGUAUCUGGAGACCUUCUGGGCAAGAACUGGCCACCUUUAACGCAGAGCAGUUCGAGCAUGCAGCAGCUUUGAAAGAACAUGUGUGUGAGCAUUAUGGCUUCCCUGUGUAUCUGCAGCAGCUGUUACACGACGGUAGUCUCUUGGCUGAUGAUGCAAAGCUGGAUGGCCUCAUGGAUUUGCAACUGGUCUUAAUGAGCAUCUCCGGACCGCAACUGUUAGCUGAAGAACAUCUGUCAAAGGCUUCGCGCACAAAUCACGUUAAAAUCGCCCGCUCCUUGCUGGAAGCUGGUGUUGAAAGAGAUUGUCGGGACAGCAACGGCUGCACAGCCCUGAUGCGGGCAUGUGAGAGUGGCCACUUGGAGGUUACACGCGUGCUGCUGGAAGCUGGUGCUGGCAGAGAUUGCAGGGACAGUCAUGGCAGGACAGCUCUGAUGCGGACAUCUAAGAAUGGCGACUCGGAGAUUGCACGUUUGCUUCUGGAAGCUGGGGCGGGCACGGAUAUCUGGGACCACUACAGCAAGACAGCCCUGAUGCUCGCAUGUGGAAGUGGUCACCUGGAGGUUGCCCGUUUGCUGCUGGAAGCUGGCGCUGACAAAAAGGUGUGCGAUCGUGACGGCAGGACAGCGCUGAUGUGGGCAUCUGAUAAUGGACAUUCGGAGGUUGCACGUUUGCUGGAAUCUGCUGCUGCCGAGACUGCUGGGACGGCCGAGGCAUGA